AACCUUUUGGAGUGGUCCAAAUUCAGAUACUCCCACGUUGCGGCUUCGUUUCACCCACUACCACUCUUCUGCUCACUUUCACUUCCACACCUUUCUUCUUCCACCAUCCCAAACCAAAAAAAAUGCAAUACAAAAACCUGGGCAGAUCAGGUUUGAAGGUGAGUCAACUCUCGUACGGAGCAUGGGUGAGUUUCGGCAACCAACUCGAUGUUAAAGAAGCGAAGUCACUUCUCCAGUGUUGUAAAGACAACGGUGUCAACUUUUUCGAUAACGCCGAGGUUUAUGCCAAUGGUCGAGCCGAGGAGAUCAUGGGUCAGGCCAUCAGGGAACUUGGGUGGAAACGAACGGACGUCGUCGUUUCAACCAAGAUCUUCUGGGGUGGUCCGGGUCCUAAUGAUAAAGGUUUGUCUAGGAAACAUAUUGUGGAAGGAACUAAGGCUUCGUUGAAGAGGCUUGAUAUGGAUUAUGUUGAUCUGAUCUACUGUCAUAGGCCAGACACAUAUACUCCAAUCGAGGAGACGGUGAGGGCAAUGAAUUAUGUGAUUGAUAAGGGUUGGGCAUUUUAUUGGGGGACAAGUGAGUGGUCUGCACAGCAGAUUACGGAAGCAUGGGGAAUAGCCGAGAGGUUGGACUUGGUUGGCCCGAUCGUGGAGCAGCCGGAGUAUAAUUUAUUGACUAGGCACAAGGUUGAAUCCGAGUACCUUCCUCUGUACACCAACUAUGGCCUGGGUCUUACCACAUGGAGUCCUCUUGCAUCUGGAGUGCUUACUGGAAAAUACAGCGAAGGAACAAUACCUCCUGACAGUCGGUUUGGGUUAGAAAAUUUCAAAAAUCUUGCUACCCGAUCACUAGUUGAUGAUGUAUUGAAGAAAGUCAAUGGACUGAAGCCGAUUGCUGAUGAACUUGGUGUGCCUUUAGCACAACUCGCAAUUGCAUGGUGUGCUGCAAAUCCUAAUGUAUCAUCUGUUAUUACUGGUGCUACAAAGGAAUCUCAGAUUCAAGAAAACAUGAAGGCACUUGAUGUGAUUCCAUUACUGACUCCCACUGUCAUGGAGAAGAUCGAGGGUGUUGUUAAAAGUAAGCCGAAGCGUCCGGAUUCAUACAGGUAGAUCCCAGGUACCCGUUGCUUCAUCGGUAUAGCAAUCUUUUAAAGCAUAUGGUUAUGUCCCAUGUGUCAGUAUCGAUUUGUGUACUUGAUUUGGUGAUAAAUGGAUUGAAUAUUAGAACUUUCAUUGUAUUUGGCGCCCCUUGUCUGUUGCCUUGAGUGAAAGGGUUCAAAAAAGAUUUGGAACUGGGUGGAUUGUGAAUGCAUAUGCAUGGUCUGUAAUGGAACUCAAAUUUCUUUUCUAGUUUUUGGUUUGGUUUGAAUAAUGGUGCCUGAUUUCUA